UAACAUAAAAGUGUAGGUUGAAUGAAAAGUAUAAAGCUGGUUACAAGAAUUAAAGGCCUUGCAUUAAAUUAAUAAUUGUGUUAUAACUAUACGUGUUUUGUGAUACACGUUUUAAGUAACACCAGUUUGAAAGCGUCAGCCAUGGCCCAAACUGAAAAUCAACAGACAAGUGGACAAGGAACUGUGCAAUUUAUGAUCGAUCCAACAAAUAAUGAUGCUCCACUAGAGUUUAACAUGAAUAAAAAUAAACCACUUAUCACCAGUGCUGAUCAAGGAGAUGGCUACUCAUCAAAAAACAGUGAAGGAUUAUCUUCAAAUGCUGGCCAUGGUGUAGGAGAGCAAGUGCAAGAAGAUGAACUAAGAAGAGACCAUGGACGAGGCAAAAAUAGAGGAUGGGGCAGAAGAGGAGGACGAGGAAGAUUUCGUGAUAGAGAUCGGGGGAUGGUAAAAGAAAGAAAAGAUGAUGACAUGGUUUUAAGCAAUGAAGGAAACAUAACAGAACAGUGUUAUCAACCAUUCAGCUCAGUGGACCAUACUACCAUAGGGAGCAACAAUGUUGCUGGAAUGAUGCCACAGUCAGAUCCUUCUCAAUGGAAUGUCAUGAAUGCAUUUAAUAUGAUGGGCUUGAUUCCAGAUCCUAACAUGUUGAACAUGAUGGGAAUGAGUGGCUUUGGUCAGUUUGGCUUUAUGGGUACUCCUGACAUGAAUAUGAUGAAUUCCGGAAUGAUGGUUCCUGCAGCGCCUGUGAAAGAAGUAAUUCGCUACAAGAGUUGUGUUCUGUAUCCACCAAAACCAAAUGCCCCUCCAUCCUCCACCCGAGAAAGACCCCCAGGUUGUAGAACAGUUUUUGUAGGAGGUUUACCAGAAAAUGCAACUGAGGAAAUUAUUCGUGAAGUUUUUGAGCCCUGUGGACCAAUAUCAACAAUUCGCCUAAGCAAGAAAAAUUUUUGUCAUAUUCGAUUUGAAAGUGAAAUGUUUGUUGAUGCUGCCAUCUUCCUUUCAGGCUAUCGAAUGAAACUUGAAGACAAAGAUGAUGCUCCAAAUACUGGACGAAUUCAUGUAGAUUUUGCACAGGCUAGAGAUGACCAAUAUGAAUGGGAAUGUCAUCAACGUGCAAUUCAUCGAGAAUAUCGUCAUAGGGAACGUGUAGAGCAAGAAAUGUUUCAUCCACCAAGUCCACCUCCUGUUGUACAUUAUUCAGAUCAUGAGGCUUCUCUUCUUCAUGAGCAACUGCGUGGUGAUGAAACUUUCCAGAAGGCAGUGCAAGUGCUAAUUACAUGGCUGGAGAGGGGAGAGUGUAAUAAACGUAACUGUGGUCAGUUUUACUCCAUGAUCCAAUGCACCAAUAGUCAUGUUCGCAGGCUUAUGAAUGAGAAAAUGCAGUUUGAAGAAGAGUUGGCAAAAGCCAAGCAGUUGUUGAACCAGGGCAUUCAAAACAUCCUUACCCAGUUCAAUCAGAUAGAGAAGGUAUUCACGACAGCCAAUCACCAAAAAGUCUGGGACCAUUUCACCAAGGCACAGAGGAAGAAUAUUAACCUGUGGCACAAACAAGCUAAGGAAAUAAAAAAUGCUCAGCUUGAAGAGGUCCUGAAUGAACGGAAAGAGGAUGAAAUGGACGUAAGUGAUGAAGAAGCUGGUGAUCAGCCAGCUGUCAAAAAGACUCGAGUUCAGCAAGGAGAAAGUUUCCAUAUAUCUUAUGAUGUGACUAAUCAGUUGGUAAAUAACUUGAAAGAAGAAAAUGAUUCUCUUCGCUGUCAGCUAGAUGCUUAUAAGAAUGAAGUUGAAGUUUUAAAAGCAGAUGGGCGACAAGAUCAGGACUCCAGGGAGAAGCAACUGAAGAUGAUCCAGCAGGCUAUGCAAGGGAUGCAGCAAAAACUUUUAGCAGCUGCACAGCAGAAGAAGAAAGAUGAGGAAGAGAUUCUGAAGCUUCGGAAACUGAUCAAAAAAGUAGAAGUUAAAAAAUCAGAUGACACUGAAAAGCAAGAAAGUGAUGCAAGACAGGAAGAAGAAGGUAACAUCAGUCAUGCUGAUCAUCAAAAGACUGAUGGGGAAUCAGAGACAGAAGAAUCCUUGUUGGCAGAGAUCUCUUCUUCUGCUCCAUCUCUGGAGAUCACAGAAAAAGAUGCUCGCCUGAUUGGGCUUAUUAGUACCUUCCUCCAUGUGCAUCCAUUUGGAGCAAGUGUUGAUUACAUUUGGUCAUACCUGAAACAGAUGGAAAUACUGCUGCAGCCCAGAGAUGUAGAGAUGCUUCUAACCAAGUUUCCUCUUCUGUUUGAGCAGGAACUCUCAGGAGUUGGAGCUAGUCUUGAAAGAAAAUGGACUUUUUGUGGCUUUGAAGAGAAAUAGUGAUCUUUGAACAUUUUGUGUUUUCUAAUCGUUUUCUAAAAAAAAAAAAACUUGCAGUGAAAAUAGUAUCUAACCUGAAGAAAAAGUAAUAAAGUUCAGAUGAGAUUUUAUUUGAGUUCUUGUUUUUCUAAACAUUUUUAUUCAGUAGUUUUUGCAAAAUGUGAGCAGCUUUUUUGCAAUCUAGUUUGAAUGUGUAGUAUCAGUUCAGAUGAAAGUGUUGUUUGUAGUGACAUUUGUAGUGAUAUUACCAAACGAAACAUUGGUAUUCUGUGUAGGUUUCUCAUUAAUGAUAAGUUUUGUUUAGCUUGUAUUAUUAUAGUUGGCAAGUACAGUACAUUGUGAAAUAUUAACCUUUACAUUUGUAGCACAGAAUGAAAAAUACAGCAUAAUAUCACCACCAUUUGAAAACAAGAUUUAUUCUUGUGAUGUUUCAGACAAGAUGCUUUGUUUAUGUGCACAAAAAAUAUAGCAUCCAAAAUGAUUUAUUAGUACAACAUUUAAAACACAAUGCCUGUCGUUUGAUACCCAAACGCCACAUUAAUCAGAAUGAUCAUUCUGUGUUUGUAUGCCUGCAAACAAACAAGAUAAAUCAUGCCUGAAACAUAUCUUGUUUUUAAGUGGUGGCAGUGAUAUUAUGCCAAAUUUCUUGUUAUACAUCAUUUUCUUCCAAAUGCUAUUUGAAAUGUUAUCAGUUUUAUGCAUUUACUUCAUUUUUCAUAAUUGAGUAAUGACUUGUAUGUUUCUGUGUAAAUUGAAACACCAUCUGUGAAAUAUGUUGUUAGUUUGAGUAAAUUCUAAUGGCGAUACAGUGCUAAUAGCUACUUAAAUAACUUCACAAUACAUGCUAUAUGGUUUGAUAAUUUAUUUUUCACAUGUAAUUAAAUAUUUACUUUAGUAAAUGUUACUUAUUA